AUGGGAUUGUUCAACGUCACACACCCUGCUUCCUUCCUCCUGACUGGCGUCCCUGGUCUGGAGAGCUCUCACUCCUGGCUGGCAGGGCCCCUCUGUGUGAUGUAUGCUGUGGCCCUUGGGGGCAACACAGUGAUCCUGCAGGCUGUGCGAGUAGAGCCCAGCCUCCACGUGCCCAUGUACUAUUUUCUAUCCAUGUUGUCCUUUAGCGACAUGGCCAUGUCUAUGUGUACACUGCCCACUGUACUGAGAACUUUCUGCCUCAAUGUCCGCAGCAUUGCCUUUGAUGCUUGCCUAAUCCAGAUGUUUCUCAUCCACUCCUUCUCCAUGAUGGAGUCAGGAAUUCUCCUGGCCAUGAGCUUUGACCGCUAUGUGGCCAUUUGUAAUCCUUUGCGUUAUGCCACUGUGCUCACUAAUGAUAUUAUUACUGGGAUGGGUUUUGCUGUGAUUGCCCGGAGCUUUAUCAUCCUCUUCCCUCUUCCCUUCCUAAUCAAGAAGCUGCCCUUCUGCAGAUCCAAUGUUCUUUCCCACUCCUACUGCCUGCACCCAGACGUGAUGAAGUUGGCCUGUGCUGACAUCACCAUCAACAGCAUCUACGGGUUCUUUGUUCUUGUAUCCACUUUUGGUAUGGACCUGCUUUUUAUCUUCCUGUCCUAUGUGCUCAUUCUGCGCUCUGUUAUGGCCAUUGCUUCCAAUGAAAAACGUCUCAAAGCUCUCAACACAUGCGUGUCACAUAUGUUGGCUGUACUUGCAUUUUAUGUGCCAAUGAUUGGGGUCUCCACAGUGCACCGCUUUGGGAAGCAUGCCCCACACUACCUACAUGUCCUCAUGUCCAAUGUCUACCUCUUUGUGCCUCCUGUGCUCAACCCUCUCAUUUAUAGCGCCAAGUCAAAGGAGAUCCGCCGUGCCAUUGUCCGCAUGUUUCACCACAUUAAGAUACGACUUUCAUAUUUGGCUUCGGAGUCUGCUGUUUAUUGUGGCCACAGGCUAUAA